CCAAUUCCUUGCCAUUGAUAUAACCUCAAAAAAUUCCAUUACGCAUUAAACCAAAUAAAUACGAAACAGAAUUCACACAGUGUGAUCUUUUAUCAGAAACUUCAUAUUUCUUGAACCGUGACGAACCAAGAAUGUGAAAUAUGUGAGGAAUUUCACUCGUGCGCCCCCUUACGAAGAAUGCAGUAACCAGUGGAGUGUACGUCCGGGAUCGCCGUUUGGUGUUUAUUUUAAUUUUCCUUUAUUUUGUUAAUUAAAAUGCACAAAAUCUAAAAACUUCGAGCGAAAAGUGUUUGUUCCCUCUUCUAUGUUAUUCAUAAAAGUUCUGGAUCACGUCGAUAUUGUGCAUUUUAAACGAGUCACCACUGAUGGGUUCCCUGCAGCAGUCGAAUCGAUUUCGGCCUUUUAAUCAAACCGCACAAAGCAACUUCUCGCAGAGUUUAAGUGGAAGCGAAACGGAUAUCUCAACGUCGAACGAAAAUCUCUCCAAUGAAGAAAAAUAUGUGAUACGUCAUACAGCACGCCAAGAACCUCAAGGCCAAGAAAAUCAACAAGUCUCCAACCGAAGCUCACUUCGAGACAGUCUGCCCUCGAAUCGCAGUUCUUUGGACGUCUCGUCGUCGUCGUACAACACCUUGAUCAUACACAGCGCCGGGGAUGAGCCAUGGACAGGGCGCAAUUCCGGCGCGCGGGACUCAAGCGACGUCCUUAACCCCUCCUAUCACGCCUCGACCCUCUACCACGACUCCAAGCUCCCCCCCAUGCAAAAGUGCGGCUCCUCCUCCCCUUCCCCCUCUCUAACCAAAGAACAGACCAUCAACCGAGCCAGUUUCGAAGGAAAUCCUCGAAUCUACGACACAGGAGUGCAAGAAAUCACCGAAAUCCCCGACGACUACUUGAGUCAGUCGUCGGUAUUGAAACACCUAGCCAAAGAGGUUAAGGUUCCGUCACCCGGCGGGACGAACGACCUCGUCGAUUUGGUUCUUUUCGAAACCAACAACUUCCCCCCGCCUCCCGAGUACCCAAAAUGGGCGGAGAAAUCUCCGCUGCAAGCCGCCCUACAUCGCAGCAAAAUCACCAGCGAGAAACUCAAUCUGUCGAAAUCGCAACCCGAUUUGUCGAAAGUGGGCGUUCCGAAAAGCCAGAGCGACUUCGACGGGUUCCGGAGGGGCGUGUCGGCGCCUAGACCGCCCACGAAAGGGCGAGAAGAGGCGGAGCCCGGAGAACUGUGGCCGUCGGGGGAGAUGGUGGAAAUCCUCAUCAAGGAGAACAGCGCGUUGAAGGCGGAGCUGGAGAAUUGUUACAAGAGGGUGGCGAAGACACAAAAGCUGGAGCAAGAAAUUUUGAAGGUACAUAAGGCGCAAGAGGAGUUGGUACAGUCGUGCGAUCGGAAGGAACGCCUGGAGAGGGCUGCCAGAAGUCGGUUACAGAACGAUAAUCGAAGACUCCAGGAGCUCAAUAGGGCGCUACGGGAGCAAGUCGAUUUGUUGUCGACGCAGAUGUUGUCCAGGUCUCCAGGACCGGAUUCGAACUCGCCUGAUAGUUUGCGACGAGAAUUAAACAAAAGAGAAGUGUUAAUAGCCCAGUUGAUUCAACAAAACAAAGAGCACGUUGCUGCCAAAGAACGCCAAGAAAUCGAAUUAGCCGCUCAGAGGGUGACCCUCCAGGAGCAAAGAACGCACAUCGACAUCCUCGACACAGCUUUGACGAACGCACAAUCCAACGUCGUCCGCUUGGAGGAAGAGUGUCGCAAGAAACAAGUCUACGUAGAACGCGUCGCUCAGCUGCAGAGGGCGCUGUCGUCGCUGCAACUCGCCAGCGACCGGCGCGAACAAACCGAGCGCAAACUCCGCCUCCAACUCGAACGGGAACUCCAAAGGGCUAAGUUAGCCCAAGGUGACGAGGGCAAGACUGGCUGGGACUCCCCGAACGGUUCCGGUAACGAAUCGCCCUCAGAACUCAAGAGACGCCUGCGCGAAAAAGACGAGAAGAUCAUGAGGUUGGAAGGCGACUGCAGCAAGUGGGAGCAGAGGUACCUGGAGGAGAGCGCUCUGCGCCAGGCGGCCAUCGACGCAGCUAGUAUUCCAAAAGACGCCAAGAUCGCGGCUUUGGAAAAAACCAGCCAGGAGACUGAGAAGAUCAUCGCCGAGGCGCGAAACGAGAAAAUCCGCCACAUGGACGAAGUGCACGCUGCGCAGAAAAAAGUCGCCGAUUUGGAGUCGCGCGUUAAAGAUUUGGAGUCGAAGUUGGCCGAGCGAGACGCCAUGAUUAAAGUUUUGCAGAAGCAUACGUACGAGAAGGACGUGAGUAGCAUGCUGGGGCGCUCCCCUCACCAUACGCCCCACCCGAGUCUGGGCGGGACUGACAUCGAUCACGUGUUGGGGACGGCCGUGUCGAGGGAGGAGCUAGUGAGCAGCGUCCUGACGAGCUCGACGGGAUUCGGAUCCGGGAAUUCGUACGCCGGGAGCGAUUCGUCCUAUCACAUGCCGUCGUACAGUAAAUACGAAACGAACAAGAGUUUCGACUCGACGAAGCAGAGCUUGGAUAAUCAGCUGAAAGAGAUCGACAGCCAGUUAGAUUCGCAACUUCUUAGCAAGCGGGGUCUUUGCUGUUUUCCAGGAUUCACUAAUCCAGUCACUGCGCAGAGAAAAGGAAAAAUAUCCAAGCCAUUACUGGCGGGUGUGAGCGGCGGCGGCGGCGGCGGCGUCGCCAUGUACGAACCCGGCGCCAUGCUGCUGCUCGAGAAGCAGGGCCGCGCGUCGCAGCAGCAGCGCAUGCAGGAGGCGGGCGAGCUGGGGAGCGGCGGCGGCGGCGGCGCGCGCUGUCCCGCCCCCAGCUCGCUGCCGCGCCCGCCGCGCCCCUCGCACCGCAGCGGCCUGCCGCGCCGCCUCGGCGACUACAACCGCCUCGGCGAGGGCGAGACGCCGCCCCCGCGCAAGAAGUCCGACGGCGGCGACUCGCUCAGCUCCACCGCCAGCAGCCGGCGCGCGUCGCCGGCGCGCGCGCUGGUGCCGCCCAAGAAGCUGGGGGAGUACGGGCGGCUGUCGGAGAGCGGCUCGAGCGCGUCGCUGCGCAAGCCGGCGCAGCGCGGCCGCGCCGGGGAGCGCGACUCGGCCUCGACGCUGAGCGACAACUCGGCCAACUCGCUGCCGCCGCCGUCCAAGGUGCGUCUGUUCGGGGGCGGCGCCGCGCGCCGGGGCGGCUCGCUGGGGCGGGAGAGCAAGUCGUCGACGGACUCGGCCAACAGCAAGUACCGCAUACAGUUCUGAGGCGGCGCUGCGCUGGACACGUGGACCCACCGGGGGAAUUGGGGGUUGUUUGCGCCCUGUUGGCGGUUUGCGCUUCUUCUGUUGCAUAACAUUGGUUUAGUCAGUAUCCUUGAACUAACUAGUCUUCCCGAACCAAAUACUUGUUACGAUGUUCACGCUAGGGACCAAAUUUUUUUUGUUCCGAGAGCGGUGUACGCUGUUUUAGAGUCUCCUUUCUGUUUGUAGGCGGUUUUCACGAGACGUAAACCCCGUCUUUUUCUCUAUACCGUAGAAUUAAACUAGUGGAACACGCGAUUAACUCGAACUGAUUGUUGAUUAGGACUUUCAAAAAGUCGGAAAUUCAAAAGUCAACGAUCAGUUUGAGGUUAAUUGCUAAAACAGAUCUACCAGAAUCUCCACCUACAUUUUUAUACAAUUUUGAUGUUUCUAUUGUAUUCUAGUCUGUUGAUACAAAUGUAUGUAACUGUACAGACAAUAAAAUCAGUUUUGCCAUAUUA